GUUCACGUCGGCGCGCGCGGCACACGGGGAUGCGAGCACGGAUUUAACAGCACCGUUACUGCACUGAAGUCACUCCGAGACGCAGCUUGACGACGCCAACGAAAAGAUUAAGAGCGUAAGUUGCCAUGACUGAGCAGCAGAGACAGCGCACCCUCUCCACCUCUGGAGAGUCCCUCUAUCAUGUGCUGGGUGUCGACAAACUGGCCACUAAUGAUGACAUCAAGAAGUCUUACAGGAAACUAGCCCUGAAAUACCACCCUGACAAGAACCCAGACAAUCCUGAGGCAGCGGACAAGUUUAAAGAGAUCAACAACGCUCAUGCCAUCCUGAACGACCCUACCAAGCGCAACAUUUAUGACAAGUACGGCUCCCUAGGGCUCUACGUAGCCGAGCAGUUUGGAGAGGAGAAUGUCAACACUUACUUUGUCCUGUCCAGCUGGUGGGCCAAGGCGCUCUUUGUGUUCUGCGGCUUGGCUACGGGCUGCUAUUUCUGCUGCUGUCUGUGUUGUUGCUGUAACUGCUGCUGUGGGAAGUGUAAACCACGGCCACCAGAGAGACCCGACCAAGAGUUCUACGUCUCUCCCGAAGACCUGGAGGCUCAGCUGCAGUCUGACGAGAGAGAGGCUGGUGGAGGUGAGCCCAUUGUCCUGCAACCGUCAGCCACAGAGACCACCCAGCUAACAUCCGAUGGCCACCACACCACCUACCGGACCGACACCGGCUUCAACUAAUCCCAGCUCUCUCCAGCUGCCAUUCUUCUCCCACCCCCGAGUCCGAGGAACGAGCAGAGGAGCAACUCCAACAACUUAAAAGAAAAAGCCACCAUUGGCAGGGAGAAAAGCCAGCGAGAGUGGAACACGUGCUCUUUCCGCCAUUCCCACCCAUUUCUCAUAUCCACCGCCAUCACCAUUCUUCCGGAGUGGCAUACAUUCACCUCAGUGUAGCUUGAAAUAAGGAGUUUAGUGACAAAAAGAACAGAAGAUAUUUUCUCUCUUGUUGUACUUGGUCUUUUUGGCCUUUGACUUUCAGACUUGCCUUUCCAUCAGCCUUUUCUCCAGCCAGAUUUGUUUGCUGUCCUGUAGCUUGCACGGUUCCCCAGGCGGUAAUUAAAGUUAAAGCAAGUAGGUCUUUGAGUGUGCAUUGCUUUUCUCACAUUUUAGUAGUUUAUGAUGGAUAUUCUUGUUGAACUGAUGUAUGCAUGUGUCUUUAAAAAAAGCCACAUUUAAUAAUGUGCCCCGCCUCCCCCCAGCAUUGCAUGGUUUCAUUCUUGUCAUUGCACUUCUGGGGGGCAAGAAAUUAAGUCAUGUUUUAGGCUCUUGUAUGUAAUAUACUAUUCAGUCUGUUUCAGCAGUCUGAACUUUGUUGUUUUAUGCCUAAACCUAAAAACCAAAUGCAGUCCUUGUUUUUAGCAUCAGGUUCCUCCUCAGUCAUUUGAGUCUAUAAGAAUCAACUGAUGCACAAGAUGCUGCCAAACACCUUUCUCCAAAACUGAUUUUCUUAAGGAAUUCAGGAUUUUAAAAUAGUGUAUAAAAGAAUAAAGGAAAAACAAUUAUGUAUCAGUCGUUAAUCAGAAGUCAUGCAGUGUGGAUGUUGGUGUAUGUCGCAGCCUGAUCAGGUUAUCGGGAUCUCAUCUUCGUAGUAUAUUUUGAUUCUAAGCGUCAGUCGCAUUAUUUAGCUCACUUUACCUUGGUAAUGUACUCAUGUUUUACUGGAUUUACAAUUGAAACACACCCGUUUCCAUCAAUUUAGAAUGUUCAUCCCGGUGUGUGUGGAAAGAGGAAAGAAAACAUUAGAUAUAGUGAUAUCCAUUACAUAUACACCCUGUGCAUUUGUACAUUUUGCGUAUUUUCACUUUGUAAUUGUUAGCUCAUAUUUAUUCCAUUGUUUUAUUGCUUAUAAUUUAUUUGUUUAAUUUUUUUAUCAAAUGAACAGGGUGAUUACAAAACAUUAACACACAUUCACAGAAGGAGAUUGUUAUUACAGUAUAUAGCCAGUACCAUUUCUUCCUUACUCCUUACUCAAUUCGGUAGUAAUUUCACCUAAAAAUGAUUUGUAGACUAAAAAGAAAUUUUAAGAAAAACUUUAUUUUGAAUCACCCUGUACAUUUUACAUUCAGAAUCAGUCCUGAGUAUAGGUGUUUACAUUUUGUUCUGUGUAAAUCUCCUUGGUGUUUUAGAUUUGUACAGACUAAAGUAACACAGCCAUUCAAAGAUGCCAUACAUCUGCACGUCUCCCUGAACAUCCAUACCAGUGCCAAGCUGGGUAUCAUUUCUGCAUCCCAUUUACAUAUUUUUGCACCAUUAACACCUGCCAAUGGUGCAGUCUACAGCCUUAUGUUGCAUUGCUCUUACCACAUGACCAGCCUUGUUCACUUCUACUUCUUCGGAUUUUAAAGGCUAGAAACCAUUUCAUCGUCAUUCACGCUGAGCUUUUGAGCACAGUUCUCUGCAGUGGAUAUUUUGUGUCUGACACGUUCUCUGUAUCUCUCUUUCUCUCUCUCUCUCUCUCACAAUCCCUCCCCUCUUGUGUGUCCCUGCUCUUGAUUGCUUUUGAUGGUUGUUUGCAUCUUUGGUCCUUUCCUGUGCAUUUUCCUUCCCCAUUCACAAAUCUACACUGGUUUGCCCAUUAUGGGUUCUACAUUACAAUGGUGGAAAAAUGCAACAUGUGUAACUUAAAUACUACAAUGGAAUAUUAUGGGCAGGACACAGUUCCUUAAAAUAUGUGUAAUUAUAGUGAAAUGGUAAUCUGUUGUUUUUCUAUUUUAUUUAUGACCUUAUUUUGUCAUGUUUUUAAAGACUGUCCUUGUUUCAGACGUAUGUUAUUUGGAUGUGGCUGUAAAACUAUGCUACUCCUAGUUAAAUGGUCAAGGUCUCAUGUACAUACACAGAUUAAUGGAGUUAUAAAUAUAGACCUUUAUGUUGUAGCAUGGUUAUUGUCUGUCCAAAAGAAAACAUACAUUUCUCUAAUUUGCUGGUGUAAAAAUAAAUGUUUAUGAACAUUUCAAA